AUGGCGGCGUCAAGUCACAGUGAUACGGUCAAUCCGGCGUUAAACCAAACAGCCAGAACUAGGUCAAAAGUUUGGGAAUUCUUCAAGCAAAGACCGAAUAAAAUGGUGCUCUGCACAUUGUGCAAAAUGGAGAUGGCAUACCACAGCAGCACGACAUCUAUGCACGAACACCUUAAACGAAAGCAUCCUGGCGCUCUCCGACCUCAAAACGACGAGACGGCAGCGAAAAGGCAAAGCUGUGUGUCCGAUUUUUUUCAAAAACGGAAUGCCACUGUAUGCACACCUAUUAUGGCCGCUGGGAUUACUGACAGCAUUCUCAAAAUGAUUGUGAAGGAUAUGAGGCCUCUUUCGAUUGUGGAAGGUCGCGGCUUCUGUGAGAUGGUCAGCACAUUAUGUCCAGGGUACACGCUUCCCAGCAGGCCCCAUUUCACUACAUUAAUAGAAAACAAAUAUGAGAUGACACUUGAGAAAGUGAAAACUUCACUCAAAAAGGUCAAAACAAAAAUCACUCUCACAACAGAUGCAUGGACAAGUAUAGCCACUGAGGCAUACUUGGGUGUCACCUGUCAUUUUAUUAAUGAAAACUGGGAGCUGAUUUCCUAUAACCUGACCACAAUGCCACUCGAAGAACGUCAUACAGCUGAAAAUAUUGCUGGUUGGGUGGAACAAGCAGCAGAGAAAUUUGGUAUAUCCAUGGCUAAAGUGUUGGUUGUUGUACAUGACAACGCUGCUAAUGUUGUUGCAGCUUUAAGAAUCCUGGAAGAGAGGCACAGGGUUACUUCACUCAGGUGUGCUGGCCAUACACUGCAGCUAAUUGUGAACCAUGCUCUAAAGAAUGCGCAGAUCAACAAGACAGUAAGUGCUGCAAGAUGCCUCGUAGAACAUUUCAAAAAGAGCGGGCUGGCCAGCACCAAGCUCAAAGCCAAGCAGCAACAAAUGGGUACUCCUCAGCAUAAUCUAACACAAGAUGUAUCAGUAAGAUGGAAUAGUACAUUUUACAUGAUCAGUCGCUUGCUGGAACAGAGGUGGCCCGUGACAGCAACCCUUUCAGACCCUGAAGUCACACAGCGAGGGAAGCGCUACCUGGAUCUGAAGGGUGAUCAGUGGAGCCUACUUGAAGAACUCGAACAAGCCCUAAAGCCCUUUGAGUGUGCUACAGUCUUCUCUUGA